AUGUGCCUGAGGAGGCAUCAUGUAUCUAGGCCACACAAUACAGGCUGUAGGCUCAUUGUUGCUGCUCACCAGCAGGCCUAUCACCCCUUCAGGGACGAGGCCUGUCUUUCUGAUCAGUAACCAUUCAACAUGCAUCUCACUGAGCUCAACCGCGAAUGUCUCCUCCACCUUUUCUCCUUCCUGGACAAAGAUAGCCGGAGGAGUUUGUCCUUUACCUGUCAUCAGCUGCGUGAGGUCUUCAUGGACCCCCGCCUCUGGAAUCUACUUCACUUCAGCUCCCCAUGCCAGCUUAGGAGAGACAACUUUGUGCUGGGACCCUCACUGCGCUACUUAACUGUUUGCUGGUACUCCAGCAGGGUCCUGCAGGUAUGCAACAUAGAGGACUGGCUGAAAAGCUCGUUUCAGAAGGACAUCUGCAGUAAACACGAACGCCUGGUCAGCAAUUUCCUAGCCCAGGUCCGCCACAUGUGUCCAAACCUGCUCUCCCUGACCCUCUCUGGCUGCGGACAUAUCACUGACCAAGAUGUGGUCUCCAUGCUGCAGAGCUGCAGGAGGCUGCGCCGCCUCCACCUGGAGAACUGCGUCCGCAUCACCGACAGCAGCCUGGAGGGUGUGGCGGCACACGGAGCGAGUCUGGAGGAGGUAAAGAUUGACUUCUGCAGGAACAUCACUCAGACAGGGCUGCAGGCUGUCAGACAGAAGAGGCCGGGCAUUGAGCUGAGCGCAGAGAGGAGCGCUGACAUGAUCCCAGACAGCAAACCUGAGGAGAGGGUGCCACUGAGGAGGACACUGCAGAAGGUCCUGCUGUUCUCUUAAUGCAAACCCUUUUAUGUAGACCACAAGGACGCACAUUCCUGUAACUGUUGAGACUUCUGAAAAUUUCACUGUGAUGCUGUUGCUCUGAUUCUUAAUUUAUUAGAAGUGUUUUGCAGCCUUUUUGUAUACCUUUUUAUAAGACACAUUAAAAAAUCUUACAGACAUACAUUCUUAAGCUGUCUCUAUUACAGGUUAUACUAACCAGAUAGAAUUUCCUAUAAACUCACAAUGAGUACAGAGGUGGCCUUAACACUUAAUCAAUAAACUGUAUUAUUAAUAAAAUGUUUUUAUGAUCCUGCUCUGAAAGAUAUAUCUUGUCAUUUUGGAAAACAUAUUCAAACACUUGAGAGUUAAACAAGAUAAAAAAAACCAAAAGGUCUAAAAGCAAGAAGCCAGAUAGCUUAACACAAAGACUGGAAACAAGGAGAAACAUCCUGAGUUUGUGAGAAGUUAACAAAAUCUGCACUUCUUUUUACUCAUUUUGUGCUUUUAUUGUCUUUUUUUAUUAUUUUUAAUCUACAUUAAAUGAUUGUUUACAUGUGUGGGCAUGUAGGAACUAUUAAAAAUGUGUUUUAGGAUCAAAUUUUGUCCAAAAAUGGUCAAGCAUUUUUUUCUUUUCUAUACUAUCUCUAACCGCUCAUCUCUGCUUUUAUAUGUUUAAUGUCAAUUUUAUAAACUUCAUCCAAAAAGUUAAGAAGAAAACUAGGGGUGGGAACCGAAAACUGGAUCCGACUUAGAGGCGGUUCCAAUUGAUCAAUUCCAUCAGAAUUGUACACCUCAAAUGUUAUCGAUUCUUCUUAACGAUUAAUUUCCCAGCAAAACGUCACGUUGCGGUGCGUUGCAUUAUGUCACACACUCUGCGACGCAGAACUCCUAGGUGCAAAUACCUCAAAAAUGCUGAAGCAUUUGUUGACCAAAUUCAAAGUCUUUUCAUCCAGGCUCCAGGGUCCACGUCCCGACUCACGCAGCCGCGAAUGAAGUCAACCUAUUGUUCAGUAUGUUCAAGUUGAAUAUGUUCAUGUUCAGUCUUGUGCAGACAUCAUUUUGGAAAAAAUUAAAUGGUUCCUUUUGGUGCGGAAGACUGUGUAGAACUACUUUUGUUCCCCUCAAAAAAAUACUGAGGAAUCAUUAGGAGAAUUGAUAAGGAAUUGGAUUGAUAAGCAGAAUUGACAAUGGUAUUGACAUUGAUAAAAUCUUAUCAAUUCCCACCCCUAAAGAAAACAGCUCUACGUCUCACAAGAAGAAAACAAUUCACCUUGACAGACUAGCUGAUUCCACUUGUUGCCUGUUUUCAUGCUAAGCUAACUAGCUAACUGGUCCAGCUACACAAUGAACUUCCAUAUUUCAAAGUUGUAUAAAUCUCACUUAAUACUGGACAAGAGAGUGAAAAAGUCUACUUGUUUUGAAUGUAUAAUUUCAUAUAAUACCAUUUAAUAAGCUGAUUAAAAUAUCACUCACGCCUCUGCCAGGGGAGACAGGCACACCUGAUCGGUUCAAAAGAACAGACUGCAUGGCUGCAGCGUGUGCUCUGUCUGUCUGCGUGAGGCUGAGACAUGGCAGAGCUGGAGGAAGGGCUCUCUGAGGGCAAACCGUGCCUGAGCUGGGAUUGGAUUCAUGUUAUAUAAGACUGAGACGUAUGAAAGUAGGUUGAUUAGGUGAGUGUGACUGGCUGUAAAGGCCAUGUGACAAAUAUACUGCAGGCUGCUGCAGCAUGGUGCUCUCAAUUCCUGUGACUGCAUCAGUUAAGAAAGACCAUAAACUGUGCUUUGUAUGUUAUAAAUUUACACAAUGUAAAAUGAAUGAUAACUAGCUUCUAUAUGUGUUAUUAGAACAUGCACCGAGCAGGUAUUUGUCUAUUGCUGCAUCUGGAAAAUGUCCAACUCCUUUUUCUCACCUUAAAAAAAGUGACCAUCAUUGUGUGUUUUUACUGACUGUGUUUUUUACAAAGUGUGCAUUUGUUUUAUUGUUGUUGUUUUUUUUACUAAGUGUGCGUUUGUUUUUAUUUUUGUUUUUUACUGAGUGUGCGUUUGUUUUUAUUAAUUUUUUUUUACUAAUUUGUGAAGUUUUUUAAGGACUAUAAUGCUUUUAAUAAACUGUUUUAAAUUUG